AUGUAAUUUAAUUAUGAAAUAUUAUAAGAAAUUUAUUCAAGCGGUAGAGUUAGAAUUGAGAAAGUAAGAUCUAUGUCAGACAAUUAGACAUACAUUUAGAAAACCUAUCUUUCUAAUAAGAACGAAGGUAUAUAUUGAAAUAAUUAAAAAGGAUUAAAUGCAAUAAAAAUGUUAGCACAAAUAAAGAAUUAGUUUCUAUUAUCGAUUAUUGAAUAUAUGGAGAAUGAAGAAUAAUAAUUAGUAAUAAUUUAAGAAUAUUGCGAUUAAGGAGAUCUGAAAACCUUUACUUUAUAACAUAUCGGUUACAAAAUGCAAGAGAGUAUCAUAUGGUCACUCUUUCUUUAAAUGGCUUAUGCAUUACUAUAACUUAAUGAAUUGGGUAUAUAACAUAGAGUUUUGUUACCAGAAAACAUCUUACUAUUAGCUAGAACUGAAGGAUAUUAAAUCAGAAUCACGGAUUUUCAUAAAUCUUCUAGAUAAACAUUGUGUUAACUACCUUGUCCUGCAAUUUAUUUACCACAUGAAUACUUUUUUGAUGGUCAGUAUACAUAAAAGUCACAUAUUUGGUAAAUUGGACAUAUACUUUAUUUUAUGGUAUCUCAAAAACUGUUAUUUCCUUUAUCUACACCAGAAAAUUAAAUUAAGGAACAAUUACGUAGAGGUAGAGUGCAAAUAAAUAUUUCUGACUUUUACUCUCCUGGAUUAAUAAAAUUAAUUAAUGUUUGUUUAAGUAUUAGAGAAAAUCAAAGACCUAAUAUUUUAUAGAUUUUAAGAAUGAGAGAAGUUAAAGAAGCAAUCAAUAGGCCAUAUUACGAAUUUUCUUUAGAAUAAAAGAGACAUCUAAUGUAUUGGAUUAAUAGUUCAGAAACUACUAUUUCAUAUCCUAUUUAAUAUUCAUUCAAUGAAUUUGAUUUGCAUUCACCUAAACAAAUAUCAAAAGAAGUAGUGGUAAAAAAACAUUUUGAAAAUACAAAAUUACCUGAAAUAUUUUAAUAAAAAUAAAACACGAUAAAGUAUUCUUCUGAAAAAAAACUUGAAUUUGAGAAUAUUAAAACAGAAAUAAAACGAAAAGAAGACAUUUUUUUAUAAUAAUAACUACUUUCUUAAACUUAUACUAAUAAAUAUUAUGCUGGAAUUGUUAAACCUAUAUAUUAUCAUAAAAAGUAAUAAUAAAUUAAAAUUGAUGAUCCACCAAGAUUUUCAAUACCCUAUUAGAAAUAAUUGGAUUCCGUAUUUUAAAAUCUGUUAGACAGUAAAAAACAACUUUGUAGCGAUUAGAUAGGAGAUUCAGAAUAUAUAUUUUUAAGAUCUCAAAUAAAAUUGAAUGUAAUUAUCUUCUACAAUGAAUUAGAAAACUGAUAAAUUGUUGAACUAUAUGUAAAACAGAUAUCCAAAAGUUGAUAGCAGUGUAAUCUUAAAAUAAAUAAAUGAUAUUGCAGAUGUAGAAGAAUAAAGAUUAUAUAGUAAAACUAAAUAAUGA